AUGCCCUCCCUCACCCUGACCGACCCGGACAUGAUCCUGCCGUAUGACGGCAGCGAGCGCGAAUCCCAAACUCCCUCCCCACCCUCCACACUCGUCUACUUGACCAACUUGAACGCGCGCUACAACGCCGCUGACCCCCAUGCUGGCUCCGCUCGCCCCAAGAAAAAUUUUUCCCGCCAUCGCACCCAUGACGAGAUGAAUGCCAGUCGGCGGUUGUCCGAUAUUGGGGAGGAGAUGUCCCCGGCGUGGGCUGACGGUUUUGACGAGGUUGUGGAUUCGCAGGACCAGCAGGGGCCGCAGCAGGAGGAGCAGCAACAACAACAACAACAACAGCAGCGGAGACUGGGGUUAAGAGGAUCGCCACUGCAACGCACUCACUCGCCUGCGAUUGGGAAUCAGGAAUCGGCGAAUGUGGAGUUGAGUAGUAGCUCCAGCUCGACGGUGAGCGGGCGAAGCGGGCGGUCUUCGGGAGAGGCGUCUUCGCCCCAGAGUGCGCCGGAGGUGUCACCGAACGCCCACGUGGUGGAGAGUGGAAGCAAGACUGGCAGCGGGGAUGAGGUCAAGAUUGGCUCUGAAUUGCCUAACAGCAGCAUCGUGACAUCUGCUGUCAAGGGCAAGGGUCCUGGAGAAGAGUUCUCGUCGGCGAUCUUGAGCAGUGAAGCAGAGAGGAUUCUGGAGAAUGCAAAGAAGCGCCUGACGUUGAUGGAGGGCAAUUUGAAUCGCGCUCGCUCCUCGGUGCGUCUUACGCCUUCGCCUUCGCCGUCCGCGCCGGGCAAUACCUCGCCUAUGGGCCUGCACCCCGGUGGAUUGUAUCGGUCGAUUUCCAAGGCCGAUCGCAAGGGCUCGACUUUGCGUCGCCAGUCAUUCAUCUCAUCGCAAGAUGCCUCGAACAGUCGCCAUUCUCGCGUGCACAGCGAGACCAAUUUCCCGGCUGAGUCGAGUUUGUCCACGGAUACGAAAGGGGUGUCUCGGUCGGUCUCGGCGAUGGGAUCAAGCAGCACGUCCAAUUUCUAUAAUGACGAUCGGUCCUUUCAGUAUGAACCUACACGGUCGUACCUCACGCAUCGGGCAUCGAUCUCGUCUAUACGACCCCCACAUUUACAAGCACAAUCACCUCAACCAUCACACUCUCCAGUCUCCAGUGGAUCUCCGGCGAUCCAGUCUCCCGUCAUCCGCGAAGAUAGCUCAUCUUGUUCCUCACCGAGAGGCUUGGGAAUUUCGGAGGAGGAUGAGUCCAGAUCCAAUGGAGGCGCCUUCAGCCCAGUCUACAGCUCAUACGGCCCGCCCAGUCGUGCGCAGUCGCAGCUGCAAGUACGCGAUCUUCAGUACCAGAUGAAGGGUCUUCACAUCAAGAUCUCCUCGCUCAAGGUACGGACGCAAGAGGACAAUCUGCGACGGCGCAGCUUGCAAAGUCUGCGAACGCCGAGUCCUUUGACUGCUGCGGACCCUUGGUAUCAGAACGGCCUGGAGGUCCGCGACGGCCGUAGCAGUCGUGGGUCGAAUCCUCGACGUGACGGAAGCUCAGAAUACGCGCGCGAGACUCAAUCUCGACAGUAUACGGAGAUAGCCUCGAAAGACCGGAACGGGUCUUAUAAUCCAGAGCGCACUGGUGACAGCCCUGCGGAGCAAAGCCCUGAUCUCUCGCAAGACACAGAUGAAUCAUGGCGGGGUCAUGAGCAUAACGAGUACGAUGGCCGUGAGUCCGCUGCAGAGAGCAUGUACGAGGAUGCCGAGGAGGGCGACUACUAUGACGACGGCGACAUUGAUCGAGAAGCGCUGGACGAGAUUCUGCGCGAACCGCUCGAUGCAGACCUUGCCACGCCUCACGAGGAACGUGAAGACGCGUUCGAUUACGAGCAUUUCAUUCUCCACAGUGCCCUAGGCAACUUCUCGCAGCAAAUGCGUCGUGUCAGCGUCAGCUCCCAUGGCUCCGUGGAAACGACGCGACCCACAAACUCGCACUCGGUGCGACACUCGCGCACUAACAGCUCUCUCUCCGUCUCGACCGUUGGUACAUUUGCUACGGCUACGGAGGGUGAGGAGCAUCUGCCCGACGACGACGACGACAUUCUAUACUGGGAUCGCAGGUUCAACCAUGAACUGCGUCACCAGCACCACAGCCACCGCGCCAGCUCUACCGUUGAAAACGACCGCUCCGCGACGCCCCGUCUUCCUCGCGAAGAAGCCAAUGCUACUCCGGUCGAGGUUCAGCAAUCUCCAGCACAAAGAUCUACAGCUGGCUCCGCGACACCGACAUCCCUGGUUUCAUCUCUUGUUUCGACGGUGCGCGCAGCUUCGAGUCCACACCCGAGCUCUGCAACUCCUGUAUCCGGUGGUAUCAACGAUGAUGACACUCAGAUGCUGGAGCAGCUGUUCUCCAGUCUUGGAAAGGUCUGCAUGGACCUACAGGCUAUCACGACCUCGCCCGAUCCAGAUUUGAAAGCUGCAUGUGUCCUUCGGCGCCGUCUGGAUGCGGCGCGGAGAGUUCUUGAUGGUGAACUUGAUGCUUAA